UAAUUGUAAUUGUAAUUGACAGCCUUGAACAGUCAGGAACCAAUUGUCGCCAAGCAACAAACUGCUCUGUUUGCAUCGCUACUGCCAAUGAAUGUAAAUGGUGCACAGAUGACUUGUAUCCAGCAAAGGAGGCAAGAUGCAAAGCUCACUUUCAACAAGGAGAAUGUCGGAAUAUUUUUGAGCUUUCGGCUCGAAAUGAUAUCACUAUAAACAGAGCUUUCAGCAGUGAUACUCGCAACCCGGUGCAGCUGAGGCCUCAACAGACAGAAGUGCGCGCCCGAGUUGGCUUUACCACAGAUGUGCUCAUCGAGUACAAACAAGCGGCCGACUAUCCAAUGGAUCUGUACUACCUGAUGGACAUGUCGUACACGAUGAAACAACACCAGAAGAAUGUCUCUCUGGUGGGGAAAAAGUUGGCAGAGAAGAUGAAGAAAACGACAAAAGACUUUCGAAUAGGAUUUGGCACGUUUGUUGACAAAGAAGCUAUUCCUUUUGCCAACUACGAGAUGGGACCUCGAAAGACAAACAAGAAUGAAACGAUCAAGUACACGCAUAGCUUUAUUAACUACAUGAAACUGGGCAAUAAUGCUACAGAAUUUGAAGAGAAAGUAACUAGUGCUGACGUUUCUGGCAAUUUGGACUCACCCGAGGGAACGCUUGAUGCACUCAUGCAAGUUAUGGUGUGUGAUAAAGAAAUUGGCUGGCGUCCUCAGUCUGAUAAGAUUAUUGUAGUUGCUACUGAUGAAGAGUUUCACUACGCCGGAGAUGGAAAAAUUGGCGGAAUCAUCAUUCCAAAUGAUGGACAAUGUCACAUGAAGAACAACCACUACGAAGCUUCUACAAUUUAUGAUUACCCGUCAAUGCAUCACAUUGCUGAAGUGGCACAAAGACGAAAGUUCAACAUUGUCUUUUCGGUUGCCAAGAACAUGACCUCUAUCUACCAAGUGCUCACUGACAUCAUUGGCUCUAAUGCUCGAGUGGCACAGUUGACCAGUAGAGACAACUCUAUUGCCAACAUGAUUGAAGAAGUUUACAAGAACAUUUCCACUUCGGUAAACAUUGAGGUAGAGCAAAGACCAGACACUGUAGACGUUCAGAUUUUGUCCACUUGUGGCGUUGAGGGCGGCAAACUACAGCCCGUUAGCAUUUGCAAUUUUCAAGGUAAAGCAGUCAUUCCCUUCCACAUUCGCAUCAAACUACUGAAGUGCUCGAGUCCCGGAGAAAACAUUGAUCACCUCAUUCGCAUUGGACUGCUCAACAAAAAUGAGGCGGUCGAAGUUGCUUUCCAUGAGCAGUGCAAAUGUGCCUGUGAAGAUGAGGGUGAUACAGACUCACCCAGGUGCUCUUCCAACGGAACCUAUGCCUGUGGCAUUUGCUACUGCAAUGGACGGCGGUCAGGAGCAGAGUGUGAGUGCGACCCAGAGAAGCCUAUUGAUGUGCGCAACCCAAACGCACAUUGCAUCAAAAGUGGUGAAACGCUGCAGUGUUCGGGUCACGGCGAGUGUGAGUGCGCCAAGUGCAAGUGUGACCUUAAGUGGACUGGAGAGUACUGCGAAGUGGACGAGUCCGAGUGCUACCACUGGGCAAAUGGCCGACAGGUGAAGUGCAACAACCAAGGCGACUGUAAGAACAACCAGUGUGUGUGCAACAAGUUCUUCGAGGGAAAGCACUGUGACUGCACCAAAUCCAAUUCAACCUGCGUUGACCAGGACCACACCAUCUGCUCCGGUCGUGGCGACUGUCGGUGUGGCCGGUGCGAGUGCACCCGUCAGGCCACUGCUCACGGCAAAUACUGCGAAAAGUGUCCGCUCUGUGAAGCUCCUCAGUUUUGUGAACAGAUUCUUUCGUGCAUUCCAGAGUUUAGCAGCAAAUUCUGCCUUAAAAACGUGCCUUCCCUUCCUUGGACAGCAGAGAUGAACUCAUCUAUUGUUAGCUCAGAGGCCAAUGUUGCUUUUGCCAAACUUCAAAGCAGGGUGGGGUCAUCUCUAAAUGAAACUAAUCCUUGUUUGGUUCAUCCAGAAGAUUGCCCUGAAAUCAUUAGUCGGUGGAAAGUAAAAGUUAUGGAUGACGGAGAUGAAGGUGCCAAAUUGAAGCCAGCUGAAGAGCAUCAGCAUGCAAUGCCAAACUUGCAAACCGAUGUACAGCACUCAUUUCACUUUCAGUGCCUCAAAGUGAUCAACGGCUGUGCUGUCAGUUACUCUUUUAAGCUUAAUUACAAGCCUGAAACUUUUAUGGAUGAUGACGUGGAGCGUGACGAGAAGGAAACGAUGAACUUUGAAAUAGCCCUUUUCAAAGAAAUCUGCCCCCAGCCCGUCAACAUGGUGGUUGUUGGGUCAAGUGCACUAUUUGCCGUUCUUUUCAUUGGACUACUCACUAUUUGCAUAUGGAAGCUGCUGACUAACUAUUUAGAUAGAAAAGAAUAUGAACGAUUUAUUAUGGAAGUGGAUGCGGCAAAUUUUAGUGAGUCUGAAAAUCCGUUGUACAAAGACGCCAAAGUGCAGUUUCGCAAUCCAGCGUUUGGUUUACGUGAUCGUACAAGUCGUUUCUUUAAUUUUAAAAAAUAG